AUGUCUGAGGUAGCAAGCGUCACUAAUAUGCAGAUCGACAAGUUCUCGCAACAAUAUAAGGCAAGACGGAAGGAACAGAUGAUACGUUUCUUCGGAGUGACUGCUUUGACAUUAAUCUCUGCAAGGCUGGCGUUCCGAGGGGUAGCUUCGCGUAAAUAUGUGCCUUCUAUGUUCCAAUUGAACCACAAGCCUCCGCCAUUUUCUUAUAAAGGCGAGGUCGUGAAUGCGUUGGCAUACGGAACAGCAUUGUCCACGGGUGGGUUUGCAAUGCUCGGGUUUGGAUUAUGCUGGAUUUGGGACGUAUCCACUCUCCCUGAGCUUGGAACCAAGCUGAAACAGCUAAUGGGCGAUGAAUCUAAGCCCGUGUCUAGUGCUACUAAUAUGGAGUUGGACGAAGAUACUAAGAAAGUUGCGGAAGCUUUGGAAGCGAUGUUUUCAAGCAACAACGACGAGAAAUGA